CAUUUCGAACUUGCAGCAAAAUCAAUUAAGAUUAUCAAUUCGGUGAUAGCAGAAUCUAUUUAUUAAACUCAUUUAACUCCACCCUUUAUUCGCUGCAAAUAGAGCCAACAAUAUUACACUACCAAAUUGCGUGUUUCGCUUUCAGUUUUACAUAGAACGUGUUUCUGGAGGUUCGGAAAAGUAAGUGCAAUGAGUUUCAGAUUUUUGGAAAGAUAUAUUGAUAGCAUAAUUUAAGAUUCAGAUUCCAUUAAUGAAGUCGUUAUGUUCGGAAAUCGAGAUUAUUUGAGAUUCGAUGACAAACCUCAAACCCGCAAGAAAGAAAUAGUCGCUGAAGAAUAUCAGUUUGUUGUAGAAGACGUAAGUGAAAUUAUAAGAGAUACUAUACAAGAUGUACUUAACGAAGCAACUUAUGUAUCAGAAAAAGUAAACCAAUGGAGCGCUUCGGUGACGGAACAAUGUCUUUCAACUCUCAGCAAGACAAGAAAAAUGUUUAAGUACGUAAUAACAUGUUCAAUCAUGCAAAGAACAGGAGCUGGUUUACAUACGGCCAGUGCAUGUUACUGGGAUAGUGUUACAGAUGGAACAUGUACUGUUCGCUGGGAAAAUAAUGACAUAUAUUGUGUAGUGACUGUCUUUGGUCUCGCUGUAUAAAAUAUGUAUACUGAAUUUGUAAAAUUAAUAAUCUAACAAUAAAACACUGAAAAACU